GAGUGCAGCGGUCUAGUCGCUUUUGUUCCCAGAGUAGAGACUCCUAAAAAAAAAGAUUUCGCGAAUGCAGUAGAGGGAGGAGGGGAGACAGAUGGAAGAGAAGUGUAGUUCGUGGUAAAAGCUACAACGUGGAUAUGUUUGUGAGGCAGCGGCUCUGGGAUACAGAGGAAUAGAGGAGAGAGCACGAGAUGCUGACAGAUUCCUGAUAGAUGUGCAAAAUGGCGCAAGCAAGUUCUACCCCUGCGAGCCACCAAUUGUUGUAGUUCAUGAACAUGAAGAGCUAGCUGUAUGUCUGUUUUCUUCUGAUCUCCUCACGUUGUUUUUAGUAUCGUAAUAUAUUUCAAAGUGAUUAAAUGGCUACCAGAAGGCUCUGCCUUGUUCCAUGCAUUUUUGGAUUACUCCUCAACGCUUUAGUCGGUGUGACAUCGGGAGCAGAGCUCUCCUUCACCCUGGAGCCCAGUGACAUCAUCGCGGUGCAGGAGCAGCCCCUCAUGCUGCACUGUCAGGUGGAAGGCAUCCCACCAAUCACCACGCAGUGGAGGCGGAACGGAAUCCUCCUGGUGGUUGACCAAUACUACACCAUGUUCCACAACGGCACUCUGCUGAUUGGACGCUUCCAGAGGACCAAGUCUGACGGCUCAACUGAUGAAGGGGAUUAUGAGUGCAUGGGCCAGAACUCCUUUGGUCUGGUGGUGAGCCGCAGGGCCAGGGUGCAGGCUGCCACGAUGGCGGAGUUCCAUGUCCAGCCGCGGUCAGUGCGUGCGGAGGAGGCGGGCAUGGGGCGGUUCCAGUGCCAGAUUCACGGCAUGCCUGAGCCUGCCAUCAGCUGGGAGAAAGAUGGCCGCUCUGUGGACACUAAGGAUGAGAGGUAUACCCUGCUCCCCACUGGUGUCCUGCAGAUCACAGGUCUGCGUCAGGAGGAUGGUGGUGUGUUCUGCUGUGUGGCCCACAACAGUGCAGGAGUAAAGCACAGUGCCGGGGCUCGCCUCACCGUCUCAGUAUCCCAAUCUUCUGUUUACAAAGAGCCCAUGAUCCUCGUGGGUCCUGAAAACCUCACUCUCACCGUUCACCAGACGGCCAUCUUGGAAUGUGUUGCCACAGGAUAUCCCCGCCCCAUCGUGUCAUGGAGCAGGCUUGAUGGCCGUCCGAUUGGUGUGGAGGGCAUCCAGGUGCUGGGUACAGGGAACCUGAUGAUCACAGAUGUUGGGGUGCAGCACUCUGGCAUCUACGUCUGCGCUGCCAACAAACCAGGGACCCGUGUACGCAGAACCGCUCAGGGACGUCUGGUGGUCCAAGCCCCAGCAGAGUUUGUGCAGCCUCCCCAGUCCAUCUCCCGGCCGGUGGGCACCACUGCUAUCUUCACCUGCCAGGCGCAGGGCGACCCUGUGCCCCAGCUCACCUGGCUGAAGAACGGGCAGAUCCUGGAGCCUGGAGGGCACGUCAAACUCAGGAACAACAACACCACGCUGACCAUCUAUGGCAUCAGCCAGGAGGACGAAGCCAUCUACCAGUGCAUCGCUGAGAACAGUGCCGGGUCCACCCAGGCCAGUGCCCGUCUCACGGUGCUGUGGGCAGACGGCCUGCCAGGGAUGCCCAGUCUGGUGCGGGCCGAGGCCCUCUCACCCAACGCCAUCCAGGUGUCCUGGAAGGAGUCUGCCCAGAACACUCAGGAGAUCAUCGGCUACGUGCUCCACAUCCGCAGGACCACAGACCCCGUGGAGAUGGAGUACCAGGAAGCCGUCAGUAAAGUGACUCUACAGCAGGUAGUGGGGGAUCUGGAGCCCUCCACCAGCUAUACCUUCUAUGUGAAGGCCUACACGUCCCGCGGAGCCAGCAAGCCCUCCGAGAGCGCCACCGAGAGCACACUUGGCGAAGUGCCAGCACCCCCAUCACUGUUCAUUAAAUUGAUGAACAGCAGUGUGGUGCAGGCGGUGUGGGAGCCAUCCUCUAAGAUGGGCCAACAUGAGGGCUUCAGGCUGUACUACAGGAGGGUCCACACCCCCCCCUUCACCGGACCACUCACCUUCACCCGCAACGUCACCCAGUACAACAUCACUCAGCUGGAUCCAACCAUGGUGUAUGAGAUUAAGGUUCUGGCCUUCAACCAACACGGAGACGGCAACGCCACCAUGCGCUUCGUCUCACUGAAGGAGGCUGUGGAGAAAUCAGUGCUGAACACCCCCUGUGACUGUGUGAAAGAUGAACAGAGCAAGACCUCUACAACCGGAAUCAUCAUCGGCAUCCAUAUAGGAGUCACCUGCAUCGUGUUCUGCAUGCUCUUCCUCAUGUUCAGCUACAGGGGGAGGUUGAUGACGUGUAAGACAGUGCAGGCCACCCCCCAGGCCGGGCGUAACAUUGCCCUGGAGUUGUCCUCCUCCUCCCAGGGGGCCCUGGCCUUAAACGGAGUGAGCAGAUCAGGCAUGGAAGGGAACGGCAGCCUUGCUGGGAAGAGCAGGGGAGACAGCAACGAGCUGGAGAGACUCUUCUCAGGCCCGUCCCACUGUGGAGACCUAGCUGACAGUUCACGCAUGUUGGAUAGAUCCCUGGUGUCCUGUGCACUGAACGAGACCCAGUUGUCCACUCUUCCGCUGGAUGACUUCAGCCUUGUGGUGGAGGGGGACAGAGAGACGCAGUUCCAGAGGCCUCCGGCAGAGGGCCGAGGGGCCGGUGACAGGGCUGUGGCCGGGGUCACCCUGCAGGACCAGACCUGAUAGAAGCAUGAAGGUCAAGUCUGUGACACGGUCACAGUGUCACCUCAGACUCGUAUCACACUCAGGUCGACCGAAGUAUUUCUUUUCAUAUUAGGUUUUUCAUUGUGCAAAGAAUUGUGUUAUUGGUAAGUUAAUUAAGUCGCCUCUGGAAAAGUUAUAGGGUCUCAGACUCGUUCUUGAGGUGUCCCCGGCCUAGUUUUUUGGUACGCUUUUGUGAUGGACAGCUAAGUUUUAGCUUUGGCAGGUGAAUUAAGUGUUUUUGUUUUUUUUGUACUUCCUUCAUUUUCUGGUUGCCGGCAGCACACAGAAGAGAUGCCCAGAAUGUAUUUGUUAUACACUCGUCAUUUUAUCUCAGAGUCGAAUAUGUUUUUAUUUCUCUACUAUCUUACAAAAUGGUAAUAAGUUAUUGGUCUAAUUUCUACUUUUUCUUUCAAUGUCAGACUGCUGCCUACUCUUAGCCUAGCAAGGAUUCCACAGAAGCAUCCAACGAAGACUAAGGCCUUCUUCCAGUGAUUUCAUAUAUUCUCUGUCUCAGGACUUUUAUUUUCAGUGAUAUCAAUGGUUUUUUAUUAGUUCUCGGCCUUCAUACAGGUUCUUAACUUGGCUCUGUGAACCUUAGGAUUCAACAAAAACCUACCUCAGCCGGAAUGAAUGUGACGUGGGAAACCUUUUUGGGAUCCGUCUUUUCCCCUUGUGUUCAGUUACUUUUACAUGUAGAGCGAUCGGUUCGUAAAACACGAGAACAGGUGCCACGCUACCUCAGAUGUCAAGAACCGCCGCUCUCCUGCUUGUCGAAGCCGGGAAAAGAAGAAAGAAAAAUGUAACGGAAAGCACUUCAAGAAAACGCUGAAGUCCACGUUCUACCUCAAGAUAACGAUGUUGUAGUUGUUCUUUCAUAAUGAAACAUGUACUUCUGUUGUGAGGAGCUCCUGGCUUCCCUCCGUCGAUGGCUGUUUGUGGAUAUGUCAGUACCUCAUGCAAGUUGACAGAUGAUAUUAUUGUAUGUAUUCUACCUGUAAAGACAUUUUUCAUCGUUUUCCAUCGUGUUUGCGUGAGAUAUUUUGUCUUUGUUUUAUUUGAAUCUUAGUUGCUUCUGUUGAUGGAAAAGACUGUUAGAGAUGCACUGCACUGCCACUAAUCAUUUCAGGACAAUUUUACUGCUGUGUGAGAACUGCUGCAGAUAUUCCAUUGGGCAGGGGAGGUUUUAGUUACAUUUACACUUGAUUGAGACAUACAUCAUAUGUGUAUUUAUGAAUGAUUGCAGGAUGGAAUUGUGUGUGUGUGUGUGUGUGUGUGUGUGUGUGUGUGUGUGUGUGUGUGUGUGUGUGUGUGUGUGUGUGUGUGUGUGUGUGUGUGUGUGUGUGUGUGUGUGUGUGUGUGUGUGUGUGUGUGUGUGUGUGUGUGAGAGACAGCGAGUGAAAGAAUGUACAUAUGGUAUAUGUGAUGUAUUAAGAGAAAUAAGCACAAAUGUAUCAAAAUGUCAUUGUAGGCGUUGACAACCACAAAUGUUAAUGUAUCUGAUAUGAUCCCAGGUAAUUGGCUCUUCAAUUGGCAAUAAUGUUGUUUUAAUCAGAUUUUUGCGCUCUGCCUGUCACUCACUCCAAGCUGUGGCACAGUGCACUCCUUUUGUUAUAGUUCAUCAAAUCAAUUCAAAUCAAUUCUCUUCUGUCAGAAAGGAAUAGCCCAGACUUAUCGAACCUGUCCAUCCCAGAUCCCUCACUCCAUCCCUCCUCCACACUGACAAAUGAAAGUGCUUCAGGAAAACCUUUAUUACAGUGCUGCGUGUAAAUCCAGAGGGAGAUGGUUUAACAGGUGGACCACAGGUAUUAACUCACAGGUCUGAGUUCAGUGUGCUCAUGCUGUCAUCUUCCUGAGCAAACACACAGUCAACGGGAUGUUAUUAGACUUGGAUCUGAUCCAGGGUCAGAUCUGGGAGUACCACCACCACUGUUCCUCCAGAACCAUGCUCUUUGCAGCUGGAGCUUCCCUGAGGCAGAGCCAACCUGAGCCAGUACUCUUACGGUAGCCUGGGUUAGGGCCGCUGUCGGACGGACCCCUUGUCUUCUCUCUGGCUCUCUCUACUGUAGAGAUGGAUCACAUCUUAACUCUAUGCUCUCUACUGUGUCUCAGUCACAUAAUGGCCUAAAGCAGUAUUACUCUGGUAACCUACCUCAACCCCGACACGACAGUCCUGCUCUCAGGUUGCUCCCUCUCGCACUCUGAAGGAAACUUCUAUAUGUGCAUAAAUAUACACCACACACACAGACACGUACUGACACACACACUCCUAGGGAAGGGAGGAUGUCUUCAGGGCCUUGUGGUAGUGCAGUUGUGUGACAGAAAAACAGUUGUUUUCGUCUUUAUGCUUAGCUUUUGUGGAUGUGAAUGUGUCACUAUUGUUUUUAUUACAUUCUUGUUGUAUCAGAAGCUUUUACCUUUUUGUUUUUCCACUCAGACUUGAAUGUCUUUGAACAUGUGUCUGUUAUGGACUAAUAAACGAGGACAUCAAGCACUCACUGCAAACUGUAGUAUAGCUACUCAGUAUAAACUGUAGUACGGCUACUCACUACAAACUGUAGUACAGCUACUCAGUAUAAACUGUAGUACGGCUACUCAGUAUAAACUGUAGUACGGCUACUCACUACAAACUGUAGUAUAGCUACUCAGUAUAAACUGUAGUACGGCUACUCAGUAUAAACUGUAGUACGGCUACUCACUACAAACUGUAGUAUAGCUACUCAGUAUAAACUGUAGUACGGCUACUCAGUAUAAACUGUAGUACGGCUACUCAGUAUAAACUGUAGUACGGCUACUCAGUAUAAACUGUAGUACGGCUACUCACUACAAACUGUAGUACGGCUACUCACUACAAACUGUAGUAUAGCUACUCAGUAUAAACUGUAGUAUAGCUACUACUCUUUUACUCCCAGAACCCUCCUCACAGAUGAUGUGCAUGAUGAUCUGCAGCAACAGGUGUUUGUAAGUAAGGAUUAUGAAGAGUCACCAGUUCUCACCCCUGAUUUAUUGCAAGGGAUCUCUGCAAUUAUCAUACUCAAAUUGUGUUAAUAAAUGGAGUAACUCUAUUAGAUAUUAAAUACUGUACCCUUCAUGUACAACAUCUCCUAUAAAGAAAGGCACACACAUAUUCCUACCUUCCUUGACUGCAGUAAUCGAUUGAAUUGUAGUAAUUUGUUGGUCCAAUAUGUUUGAGUUAGAUCGUUUAGAGCAGCCAGUGCUCUCAUCCCUUGGUAGUUGGCUGAUUAGAGGAAGUGUGUCCAGCGCUUGGUCCAUUCUAGAUUUGAUAUGGUAACUACACUAGCCUGAAACGGAUUGGUUAAAUAAAUGGGAUGUCUGUGUUAAAGCCGGGCUGUAGAACUGUGUUUCUAUUAGACUAUCUAUUGUACAGUUAUAAUGCACAUUACAUUCCAGAGAGACGCGUCAGUGGGGGCUCCUCCAGCAGAGGGUUUUUAUUGUACGAUGCAGUAGAAGUCGUUGUUGUUAAUGCAUUGCAUUAUUGCUGAAAACGUGGCACCAGAACUCAUCUGCAGUAAUUCUGUACUUUGUGUUUGUAAGUUUCUUCACCGUGCAUUUCUUUUGUUGUCUCACGUCUAUUCAUUGCUUGUAUUUUGAUUGUACAUGAUGGUAGAUUUACAUGGCAAGUCUUAGUGAAGAGUAAUGAUAGUUGUCAAACUAGCAGAAAGAAAUGCCUCAAUGUUACACGUGUAUUUAUGAACUGUUGAUGUAAUGUUCUCUCUAGUGCUUCUUUAAAAACGUAAUGGAUGUUUGUGAGGGGUCUCUCCAGAGAAACCAGAGGUACUUUUUCUUAAUAAUUUGCGGUUAAUUUCCGAUGCUGGAAAUUGCCCACAUCUCAUCCCUGAUUUGACAGGUUUUAGUGCCAUACAGUGCACAGCUUAUUUACCCUUCACCCAGAAUGCCGAGCUGUAAAUUGAGGCAUCAUGUUUACAUGAUUUAUAUGAUCAUGAUUCUCCCAGUGCUUUACACUCCUAUAGAUCAAUGUUAAGAGCUGCCCUCUGUGAUUAACUGCUGAAGCUGCUCUAGUCUAUUCUGACUUAUUACCACUCCAUUGGCUGGUGAGAUGAGAUUCUCCCGCUAUCUAUUCUCAGCCCUGCUUCUUCCUCUCGCUGAGUUUGUUUCUCUGGACAAAGAGAGAGUGGGCUGACUGUGCUCAGGGAACGUCUAUCUAAUCCUUAUGUUGUAUUCGUCACAGCGGAACAUGGACUGGGCGCUCCACUAUGAGAGUCCAUGUUAUUAGGACAAUCUUCCUCUCACAGUGCUCUGACUGUGCCCUAUUCAACCAGUUUAGGGGGAGGGAUUGCCUUUUUUGUUUAUCAACUAGGCAAAUAAUCAAGGAGAUAAUCUGUCCACUGUCACACAUACUGAGCAGGUAAUGGUAAUCCUCCAUGCAUGAAGAUGUGUAGCCUCAGUGAGCCACAUAUAUAGGGAUUCAUGAAUGAAGUUCACAACCGCUCUUCUUAGUACGGUUUUGUCUCCUUUUGUCUCUCUUCCUUGCCCCUCUGUAAUGCCACCUCUCCCUACACACACACACACACCAGCGACACACACACAACUUUGUAAAGAAAGGAGUGUUUGUCAGAAUUACCCCAGUGCCCCAGCUCUCCCCAGAGAGAAUCAGGGGAGAGACAUUAGCUGGUUUAUCUCUGGCAACACAAGCCUAUUGAGAACUGGAUAGGAAAAACAUCAAACCGGGACUCUGUAAAACAAACAUUUUUUCUGUGUGACAGUAAUGUUACCAUUUCAGCUUUUUAAGCCUCUUCAUGAAAGGGAUUAAAUGUUCAACUGUUUUCUCUGUUCUCUACCCCAGCCAUGGAAGGCAAGGGGAAACUCUCAAACUACUGCUGGCCAUGUUAUUUUACAGUUUUUUUCCCAUUCUAUUUUUGCAGAUCCUAUUCAUGAUAAUUUGGACUCCUAACAAGUUAGGAAUUCUCUUAACUGGCAGUUGCUGACCAGUGGCCACAAAGGAAAUAGUCAAGUAUCUACCAAGACUAAUAUAGACACUUGCACAAUCUUGUAGAAGUGAUUGUUUGAAUUUUAGAUCAUGUUACUGUAGAAGUAGGUAGUCACGGUAUGACAUACUGGCCUGAUAUCUUAAAACAAAGAAGGUAACCCUCCCCCCAAACUGGAUUGGGCAUGAGUUAGUAUCUUAGUAAGAUUUGUUCCAACAUGUCCAUGAAAUAUGGUGUGGUGUUGAAGUUAGAUGAGAUACAACUCCAAGUCUGUCCAUGCAUUCCACAUGUUUGUUCAUAUUGUAGAAACAGGAGAAAGCUAGCUACAUAUUGUAGGAGCUUAGCGAAAACGAUUACAGUAAUAUCUCAUUGUUGACAUGUUUGAAGCUACAAUGGGUGUAACCAACAAACAAGGACUGUUGAGGGAUUGGCCUUUUUUGUUAUGCUGUAACACUACACAGUUCAGAUGUAUUGAUCUGUUCAUAUGCGUUGUAUUGAUCACUGUGGCACCAAAUGACUAUACUUUUGAUUGUAAAUUGAUUGCAUUUCUGAUGCUAUUAUCUCUCAGAUAUUCUCCCAAGAACUCACUGACUGUACAUGGCAGAUAAUGCUGAUUUGAAGAUGUUCUAAUCAUUUGAAUUCUUGUCAUUUAAUGGUGAAUUAAUGGAAUUGUAACUUAAAGCAUGUUUGAGAUCAAUAGUAUAUUUGUACCUCUGUCGAGAAACUUGUUAAAUCCAAUGUAUUUAAGCAUGGCUACAGGGAAAAUAGUUUUUUAAACCAUAUCUUUCUCAGCUAUUUGCAAAUGUGCUGUUUUAGCAGAUUGCUAAAGUGUUAGUUUAUCAUUAUUGGAUUUGUGAUGGUGACACUGUGACAUUUAGCCAUUGGAAUAGGGCAAGUAUUGUCAUCUCAACAUGGUGCUAUUGAUGUUUCUAUUCCACAUCGUUGGUCUACAUAUUUGAUAGUGUGUAUUUGCUAAAACUGUUUCUACUCAGAAAGACAUUGUUAAAUAUAAUCUUGACAGAUUGUUGAUCGUCUUCAUAUCGUCUUACCUGUUAUUAUAGCUCACUUUGUUUUGUUUGAUCCCUUUCCACCACUAAGAGAUGUAAUUGAUUCACGGUCAAACCGUAAAAUCGAGUUAAUGUUCAUUAAACAGUGGAGACAAUAAAGCAUGAACCUUUCCGUACAAACGUUUAUUAACAUGUUUCAUGUUAAAGCUGUGCUUAGAGAAGCAUGCGUUUAUGGAAAUACACACAAAGUGUGCACAGGUGUAAUCUACAGUACAAACCUGCGCUAUUACCGCAUCAGCAGGGAUACGAGAGCUGCUUGUAUCUCCAGGAAAACUUGUGCCUACUUAUUGUAGCUACAGUUGAGCUUACACAGGUGGUAUUUCUGUCAUAUUUGAUCUCCUCUUACCCAGUUUGGUUGGCAAUAAUGACUGUAUCCCUCCUCACUUCCUCACAAACCUAUGGCAUUCUCUCCAGAGCCUCUCUCACUUCCUGUAGAAGCCACCAGGCAUCGCACAGAGCAAGGGGAAAAGGCUUUCCAAUACAGUUACUAUACGUACGACUGUCAAAGUCAUUGUUGCUACUGCUACUACCAUGCCAUUGGGUUAUUGUAUAGCCGCAAAGGUGCUAACCUAAACCAAAUGACAAAUACAGUCCCCAGACAGUUUCUAUAGCCUCUGUACUUUUAAUGUGGGGAAAGGUGCCUCGGUUUUUAGUGCUUAUGUUGGGUUUGAUAUAGGGACAGAGCUGGUGUUAUGAGAAUAGCCAGGCUAUGGAGAAGGAACAAAGAGAGCACAAACCUGUACAGUAUAGUAUAAUCAGCUGCAUAUUUUCUGUGGGGAGCUGUUCAAUCACUGUCUGUCUGUCUAUAUGUCUGUCUAUAUGUCUGCUGAGGUCAGUGCCUCUGCCUGCUCAAUUGUCCCACAAUCAAAUUCAGGUCAAUAUGAAAUGUUUCCCGUCAGGGAUCAUUUUUAUGUGUCCACAAAUGUGUGUUCUCUAUGAUACAGUAUCUGUAGUUGGUCGUGAUUCACAUGUGUAUACAUAAGUAUAAUACUGUAUGUAUGUGUAUAUGUGUAUAAAGACAGACUAGAUCUUUUUUAGUGGUUUGUAUUGUUUUAGAAGUCAUUGUGCCACGCUGAUUAAAGGCAAAAGACGACAACAACAAUGUUAAUAAACUAGCUGUAGUAAUUAAAA